AAUACAGCUUUGUCUGCUUCAAUCUAUAACCUUUUAGUUAAUUGUAUGAUCCCUUUCCUAUGGUGAUUAAGUUUCUACUAUCUUAUGUAUCCAAACAUACAUUUUCUCACCCUGCCAACAAUUUCAUAUAUAUUUAUGCAGGGAUUCGCAAAUGGGCAUCAUAAAUUCAGUCAUUGGUUUGCUGAACGAUUUUGAUUUUGGCCAAGUUUGGAAAUAUGUCGAGUAUCAGAUCUAUUACGAGGAUUAUGUAUGCAAAUUCGAAGCAAUGCAAAAGAAGCUGAAAGACCGCGUGGAAGACGUUGAGGCAGAAUUAGAGACACAACUUAAACAGCCCGGAAAGAAGGCACGGAAAGAAGUUGACGCUUGGCGAGAGGAAGCACACAAAGAAACUACUGUAAAGGUUGAAGAUCUGAUCUGCAGAGGGGGUUAUUUCACAUUUAUUUGGUCAUCAAGAAAUCUAGAUGAAAAGACUGAAGAAUUGAAGCGAAUACUUGAGGAAGGAAAAGAAUUCACUAAUGUUGGUGUGAGUUUGGUCAUAGAUGAUCACUCAAAAAAAGGAGUUCCAAUGCCUGCUGAAAAAUGCAUUGCACGUGAUGAUGUACAAGAAGAAAUUCUGCAACUAUUGAGGGGAGACAAGGUUACAAGAAUUGCAGUUUGUGGAAUGGGUGGCGUGGGCAAGACAACAAUCAUGAAGCAAGUCUACAACCAUCUACUGAAAGAACCCAAACUUAACCAAGUUAUUUGGGUAAAAGUAUCAAAAGACUUUGAUAUUAUUGUCGAGCAAAAAAAACAGUUUGAUGUUCUCAAGUUUCAGAAGAGGAUUGCAAGAAAAUUGGGAAUAGAACUGAAGAAUGAGGAUCAAGAGACAACUGAGCUUGCGGAACUGAUAUCACAAACAUUACAACAGCGUAAUUGUGUGCUAAUUCUGGAUGAUGUGUGGGAGCCUUUUUCUCCAGAAAUUGUUGGAAUCCCUGAUCUACUUGGAAAUAAUGGUUGCAAGUUAGUGCUCACGACACGGAUACAACAAAAGGUUGCUCGUGCAAUGGAGUGUGAAGUGAUCCUUGUGAAGCCUCUUUCAGAUGAUGAAGCAUCAAGAUUAUUCUUAGAUAAAGUUGGAAGUGCCUUGUUAUCCAAUCCCAAAUUCAAAAGUGAUAUAGAACCAUUUUUCAAUCAGAUUUUGAAGAAAUGUAACGGUCUACCCCUUGCUAUUGGGACAGUGGCGAAAACCAUGAAAGGAAAAUUUGAUCGUUGCUCGUGGGAGAUGGCAGAUAAAGAAUUGAGCAACUCUGAAGAAUUUUUCGAUUGCUUGAAAUUCAGUUAUGAUCACUUAGAAGAAUUGUGCAAGAACUGUUUUCUGUAUUGUGCAUUAUAUCCUGAGGAUCAUGAAAUCCCCAAAGAGGAAUUAAUUGAGUGUUUGAUUGAGGAGGGAUUUAUAAAAGAUGGAAGGGGAUCUCGGCACUUAAUGAAUAGUGAGGGCCAUGUUAUUCUUGGGAAGUUAAUAGACAACUGCAUGUUGGAAUUGGUUACAGAAGAUGAAGAGGUAGAUUGUGUGAGUAUGCAUGAUCUUCUCCGAGAAAUGGCGUUGAAUAUCAGUCCUCGAUUCAUGGUGAAAGCUGGCAUGGCCUUGGAAGAGCUACCAGAGGCGCAUGAAUGGAGAGAAGAUCUUUUGAAGGUUUCUCUAAUGAAUAAUAGCAUAAGAGAAAUUCCUUCAAGCAUGUUGUCUCCCAAGUGUCCAGUGCUCACAACCUUGUUGUUGUCCAGUAAUAAUAUUACAACAAUUCCAGAAGCUUUUUUUGAUCAGAUGCUUGGGCUGAAGAUCCUUGAUCUUUCCGGAAAUUACAAGCUAGGUAGGCUGCCGAGUUCUGUUUCCAAAUUGGAGAAUCUUACCACACUACUGUUGGAGGAUUGUCGGUCCUUAAAAGAGAUUUUGAAGAAAUGUAACGGUCUACCCCUUGCUAUUGGGACAGUGGCGAAAACCAUGAAAGGAAAAUUUGAUCGUUACUCGUGGGAGAUGGCAGAUAAAGAAUUAAGCAACUCUGAAGAAUUUUUCGAUUGCUUGAAAUUCAGUUAUGAACACUUAGAAGAACUGUGCAAGAACUGUUUUCUAUAUUGUGCAUUAUAUCCUGAGGAUCAUGAAAUCUCCAAAGAGGAAUUAAUUGAGUGUUUGAUUGAGGAGGGAUUUAUAAAAGAUGGAAGGGGAUCUCGACACUUAAUGAAUAGUGAGGGCCAUGUUAUUCUCGGGAAGUUAAUAGACAACUGCAUGUUGGAAUUGGUUAAACAAGAUAAAAAGGUAGAUUGUGUGAGUAUGCAUGAUCUUCUCCGAGAAAUGGCGUUGAAUAUCAGUCCUCGAUUCAUGGUGAAAGCUGGCAUGGCCUUGGAAGAGCUACCAGAGGCACAUGAAUGGAGAGAAGAUCUUUUGAAGGUUUCUCUAAUGAAUAAUAGCAUAAGAGAAAUUCCUUCAAGCAUGUCGUCUCCCAAGUGUCCAAUGCUCACAACCUUGUUGUUGUCCAAUAACAAUAUUACAACAAUUCCAGAAGCUUUUUUUGAUCAGAUGCUUGGGCUGAAGAUCCUCGAUCUUUCCAGAAAUUACAAGCUAGGUAGGCUGCCGAGUUCUGUUUCCAAAUUGGAGAAUCUUACCACACUACUGUUGGAGGAUUGUCAGUCCUUAAAAGAGGUACCAUCUUUAUCCAACUUUCGAGCCUUAAAAAAGUUAGACCUUUCUAGGACAUCAAUUGAAGAACUACCCCAAGGCCUCAAUAUGUCAACCAAUAUGAAAUUUCUUCAUCUUGGUGGAAAAUUAUUUGAAAUACCUGAUGGAUUACUACAAAAUCUCUCCAACCUUCAGUAUUUACUAGUAGAUUUGAAUAUACCAUUGAAAGGGGAGGAGAUUGGAAAAUUGAGGAAGUUGGAAUUUCUUUAUGGCAGGUUCUCUACGGUGGAUGAUAUGAGCCUCUUUGUCAAUUCUAAACGAAAGUUGCUAAAUGGGUACUGGUUUUGUGUUGGAAGUCACAAAGAAGUAGAAAAAGUACAUCAAAUGCUUGCUAGCUUUUCAAUUAGUGCGAAAUGCAUUUUAUACCGUAAUAUUGAUAUCUGUGGGGAGGCUACUUGCCUACCAUCUGAUGCACAAGGCUUCUACAUCUUGGACUGUAAGCAUGUGAAAAUCUUAGACGACAUUUCUGGCUUUCAAAAUGCAACGGACCUGCGGGGUUGUGUAGUUGAUAGAUGUGCUGGCCUGGAGUUUGUGGUUUCCUUGUGCUGCUUAAAGCCACUUCGAAACAUUGAGUUGCUCUCCCUUUAUUAUUUGCCUAACUUGAAUGCAGUGUUUGAGAAAGUAGGAACAAUUGCCAAGCCAGCGCCACUGCCAGCUGGCACUUUUUCUCUCCUUCAAAAAAUUAAAGUUGUGGGUUGUGGAAAAAUAAAGAAGUUAUUGCCACUGGGGUUGUCGCUGUAUCUCCAGAAUCUUCAGACUAUUAAGGUUAAAGAAUGUGAUCAAAUGGAGGAAAUAAUAUGGUCCGAAGAUGGAGGAGGAGAAAAAGCCCCAGAAAAACUCACUCUACCCAAGUUAGAAAGGUUGGUAUUGGAUGAUUUGCCCGCAUUGAAGAGCAUCUAUAGUGGUUUUAGUACUGUUUUGAUCUGUGAUUCCAUCAAAAGGGUUGAAAUUAAAGGUUGCGGAAAUAUAGAGAGUGUUUUUUGGUCGGGGUUCAACCCACUUCCAACCCUUGAGUAUCUGCAGCUUUGGAGCUUAGAGAAUUUGAAAUCCGUGUUUGAUGAAGAAGCGCUUGGUUUAUCGGCUCCUUCCACCACCUUUUUCUCUCUUAAAACAAUUGAUGUGUAUAAUUGCCCUAAAUUAAAGAAAGUAUUCUCACUUGGAUGGCUGCUACGCUACUUCCAAUCUCUAGAGACUAUUGAAGUUGAUGACUGUAACCAAAUGGAGGAACUGUUUUCAUCAUCGCCCUAUGAAGAAAUAGAAACCCUAGAAAAAAUCACUCUACCCAAUUUACAGAGUUUGGAAUUGAAGAAGUUGCCCGAAUUGAAGAGCAUCUGUAGUAGUUCCAGUGUGUUGAUUUGUGAUUCCAUCAGGAUUUUGAAGAUUGUUGACUGUGAGAAGCUAAAGAGAAUUCCUCUGCAUCUUUCCUCGCUUGACAAUGGCCAGCCUCCCUCCCUCAAACAAGUUGAGGUAUACCCACAAGAUUGCUGGGAAUCAUUGGAAUGGGACCAAUCCAAUGCAAAGGAUGUCCUACCUUCUGUAAAUUCCUUUGGGAUGCGCUAAGAAGCAAAGGUGUGCUGGCUCUUUGGUGAUUGGACAGUGCAAAUGUAAGCCUUUUGUAACUUCAAUUUUCCAUUUCUGAUUCUGAUUCUGUUUCAACUCAGUAGGAAUUUACAUUUUUAUGCGUUUCUUCUUCCUUUCUAUCUCAACAAAUCUCCCUCUCUCACUCGUCUUUUCUUUUUCAAUGUCUUCUGUUUCUUCUCCCCACUGGCAGCAAAGCUGGAGUUGGACUCUGUUACCACAAGAAAGCCGGAGGAAAUCACAUUUGCUUGUAUCUAUGGUUGUGUUUUAUAUUUAACAUACAUAGGCUUGCUAUUUUAUUUUAUUUAUGUUGUGACUUUAAAUAUGUCAAAUUCUAAGUGGAAAUGUUUGUUUCCUUAUGUGUAAUUUUGUAUUUCAAUCUUAUGUGGAAGGAUUUGUCUUAUUUCCUAUGGUAUUUCUUUUCCUACAUCUGCAUCUUUACUUUUAUUGUAAUAAGCAUUUUGGCUAAAA